AUGGCUACUGCCACCGCAACACGCGCUCCGCCGCCCAAGGCUGCGGUCAAGUUCCCUCCUAUUCCGCCAAACCAAACGCUCUAUGUCACCAACCUCCCGUCGGCCAAGACCAACAAAGCCGAUCUAAAAACCGCCCUGUACAUGCUAUUCUCAACCUACGGUCCCGUCCUCGAUGUUGUGGCCCUGAAGACCAUGAAGAUGCGCGGCCAAGCGCACAUCGUCUUCCGCGACACACAAGCAGCCACACAAGCGCUGCGAUCUCUGGAAGGCUUUCAGUUCUUGGGCAGGGAACUUAGAAUCCAGUACGCCAAGUCCAAGUCGGACACGAUUGCCAAGCUGGAUGGCACAUAUAAGUUGCCGGGUUCCGCCGCCGCCGAUGUCGAAAUGACGGAAACGCAGCAGAGCAUCUUCAAUGCUCCGGCGCCAGGUUCGGCAGCGUCGGCCGCCACUUCCGUGCCCCACGGUCUGCCUGCGAAGCCACCGCAGAGCGGCGAUCGUAUCAUGACAGAUGCGGCAAGUCCUGAUACGCGCGGGCAGAAGCGAACCCGUGACGAGGAGGAAGAGGACGAGAGUGACGAGGAUGUAGCAAUGGAGGAGGACAGUGACGACGAAUGA